AGCAGUAUAGACGUGUAUGGUUAAAUCGCGAAAUAGCCAGCGAAACAGCUCUUUGCUCGGUCUCAUGAAAAAUGGAAUGGAGUGAAACGAGUUUUUUGAUAAAAUUAAAAAAAAACAGCCACUCUUUGCAGCUUGAAAUAAUUCCUGCGCAGCUAUUCGGUAUCGCGAGAGGCAGGUAAACAAGUCAACAGAACGUCACUGAUAAAGUUUUUGUUUCACUGUGUUGAAAUAAAAAUAUUAAAGCAAUAACGAUAACAAGGCCAAUCCAAGCUGUUUGACGACCUAUCCGAACAGCAAAGAGCAGGGAGAAGAAACGACCAGACAAAAAGACGGCGUCCGUCCGGGUGAAAUAACCUAAGUGAAUCAGAUGGAAAAUCGAAAUAAGAAAUAGCAUAAAAUGCAUAGUAGAGUGAAUAUGUAACACGAAGCCGCGAUAAAGGUUGAAAUUAGAACCAAUCGAUUACCACACGCGGUGAUCAUCAAUGAAAGUGUAAGUGAAGAAAAGGAAGAAAAAAGUGAAACCGUCAAAAUAAGCGAAAUGGACUCUUGCACAGUCGUACCGCACAGUGAACAGUGAUAAUUUAUACGCAGGUGAAGAAAAAUAUAGCUAGUGGAAAUUAAAAUUGUUGGAAGAAGAGCGUGAAACGGAGAAGUGGUUGUACCUAAUUACCCACAAACUGUGUGUCGUGUUGGUUUAUCGGUGAGAGCAAAAAUGUAUCGUCCAAAUUUCUACGAGUCAACGUGCUUACGAUGCAGCGAGAUUGUCUACCAGGUGGACCGCGUGGGACCACUCAAGGAUUUUACCUUCUUUCAUUCGGGUUGCUUCAAGUGUAAGAAAUGCGGAACCAAGCUGACACUGAAAACUUACUACAACAACCAGCACAAUCAGGAUGAUAAAGAGGUCUACUGCUGUUCUCAUGUGCCAAAGAGUGGUCCGGGUCAUUUGGAUCAGACAUCGGUUGGCAUCCGGCAAGCGCUGAAUGUACCUAAGAGCACAAACUACGUCAAUGAGCAGAUACGGGGUCAUCGAAACGAUAGCAUCGAUGGCCUGCAGAGGCAAAUGACGCCUAAUGGUUUCAACGGAAUCCGCGAAGGUAAUUCGCCGCCACAGAGUGAUCCCGAUUACAAGUAUGGGCGCUUCGACGCCAGCGCCUUACACAUUGCCCACGCGCUCAAGCAAACGGAAAUUCAGAAGGCGUACGACAAACUGCGUGAGAAGCCGAUCGAUUAUUAUUUGGCUCGAGAAGAGCAAGCUAAGCUAGAAAUGAAACAUCGGAAGGAAGAAGAUGACCUGUACCGAAGAUUCGCAAGGAAACGCGAAGAAGAAGACAAACGAAUGCAGACCGAAUUCCAAGAUGAAUGGGAGCGUGAACUUCAAAGGUUGGCGCAUAAAUUUGAAAAAGAGAUGACUACCUCACGACGCACACGGGAAGAUCAGAGCAUCCUAACAAUGAAACACGAACAGCAAAAGGAAGACCUAGAGAAGAAUAUGACAAUUCGCAAGACUAAGAAAAAGGAAAGCCUUACGCGAAAGCUACUUGAACACGAACGCUCCGAAACGGCCGCCCUGGUGGAUCGCCAAUCGAGUGAGAUGCUGGAACUAAUCAGUGCCCGUCGCAGCGAGUACAUGCAAACCGAAAGUAUAUUCCUCGACGAUGAGUUCACCGAAAGCACGAUACCGUUAGAGUAUCCCCUGGUCGCCCCAAAACCUGCUCCACCUGCUCUUAGUAAAUUCCAAAUUUAUAAUGACCCGAUCGAGUUUCAAGACGUAGAUCAGAUCGCCAUUACAGUUGCUCAAGAAGACCAAAAAACAUUCACCGAUCUUGUGCGCCAACUUGUCGGCCGAUGUACGUCAGACAUAGAAAAGGCUCGAACAAUUUUCAGAUGGAUAACCGUAAAAAAUCUCAACACGAUGACUUUCGACGACGAUCUGCGUGGAGACACUCCAAUGGGUCUGCUACGAGGCAUCAAAUACGGCACAGAAAGUUACCACGUUCUGUUCAAGCGGCUCUGCAGCUACGCAGGUCUCCAUUGUGUAGUUAUUAAGGGAUACUCAAAAAGCGCAGGUUACCAGCCAGGGGUGAAAUUCCAAGAUUCAAGUCAUCCGAAAAAUUCUAGGUUCCGAAACUCUUGGAACGCCGUAUACGUUGCAGGUGCGUGGCGUUUCGUACAGUGUAACUGGGGUGCUCGCCAUCUAGUUAACGCGAAGGAAGCUCCCAAGAGCGGCAAGGGCAAGAACGACAGUUUGCGGUAUGAGUACGAUGACCAUUACUUCCUGACGGAUCCACGCGAGUUUAUUUAUGAGUUUUUCCCGCUUCAAGAAGAAUGGCAACUACUUAAGCGACCGAUAACAUUGGGUGAAUUCGAAAAUCUUCCUUUCGUCAGAUCGCUAUUCUUCCGAUACGGGCUGCAUUUCGCUGAUGAAGGAUACGGAGCCGUUGUGUUCACCGAUGAUACAGGUGCAGCAACGGUAAGGAUAGCAAUGCCAUCGGAUAUGCAAGGUUGCUUGAUAUUCCACUACAACCUCAAAUUCUACGAUAGUGAAGAUGAUUCAUACGACGGAGUGUCGUUGAAGCGUUUCGUUAUGCAGUCUGUCAUCAGUAACAUUGUAGCGUUCCGGGUGCAUGCACCCUGCUCGGGAGCUUUCUUGCUAGAUAUCUUCGCUAAUGCAGUCACACCCCAAGAGUACCUGACUGGAGAGCCAAUGAAAUUUAAAAGCGUUUGCAAAUUCAAGAUUUGCUGCGAAGAACUACAGACCGUAAUGGUUCCGCUUCCUGACUGCGCGAGUGGUGAAUGGGGUCCAACUAAGGCUACGAGACUUUUCGGAUUGAUACCAAUUACACAUCAGGAGCCACUUAUUUUUGCCGGACGAGCAGUUGAAUUACAAUUUCGAAUGUCUCGACCACUAACAGACUUUAUGGCGACUCUACAUAAAAAUGGCAUCGAAGAAAAAAAGCUUUCGAAAUACGUACAACACAACGUUGUAGGUGAUACAGUUACAUUUAACAUUAGCUUUCCACAAGAGGGUCAGUACGGUUUGGACAUUUACACGCGAGAGGUGGGAUCAAUAACCAAUAAUAACAACUCGUCAAACGAAAAACACUUGCUAACGCAUUGUUGCAAAUAUCUAAUAAAUUCUUCCAAACGAAACUGAGUCUGACAUCCGAGCCGCUCUCACACUUGUUGGUUAUUACCAUCAUUGGUUCCAUUUGUUAUGUUUUCUGUAAAUAUAGUUUGUAGAAAAUGUUCACCACAA